UCCGUUGUCUCUCAUUCUCCUAUGCAAGGAAGAACCUUCACUUAUGACUAUACGGAGGAGAUAUUCUUUGCCGCUCGGGACCGUUUUCUGUCUCUUGCCUGCGGUUCUGGCUGGCGUCGCAAGAGAAGCCUAUCGUGGCAACAACCAAUUUGAUCGUGUUCAUUCCUUUACAGCAGCGAUCGUUGUGUUUAGUGGCUGCACUAGUAGUACAACGAUCGGAAAGUGUAUUCCACGCCUCGAACUGAAGGAAUUGAUCUACGGUCACUGGUUGGCCAUGGACUUGAAAACAAUCCCGGGCUGUUGCCCAGAGGCGCUUACAAAGUUACUUCUUGCCGGCAGAGCGGCGUCAAGUCUGGAUUGCAAUGGCUGGAAGCUAGAAAUGCAGUAUCUGAUUGUACUGGCGACGUGGAACAACGGGAGCUGCUUGUUGCAUGGAGAACACCUACCGAGCGAUGCUUACGUUCGAUUGAGAGACAUUUUUGGAGAUGGGCACUUUCGUGAAUCGAGUGUCAUCCAUAAAGCAUCAGGUGGAAGGAUGAAGCGACAAUUUCAACAAAUAAUUCAUGACAGCAUCGAAGGUAUUGGAAAGUCGGAUUUGGUGGCCGAUGCUGCUGUACAGUAUGGAGGCCAGAGUCGAUCUCGAAUUGACGUUGAAGUAUCAGGUGGUCAAGGCCAGGAUGCAUUAAGGGUGUUGAUUCUACCAUCUCUUUGGUCUAUUUAUGCAUGGCUUGGAGCCAGUCAACGAGGCAGCAACAGACAAGUGAAGAAUGGUUUGGAUAUUUCAGAAGGAAACUUUGUUGCUGAGACGAGGAUUGAAUAUCAAGGAACACAGGUUGUUUUUGUAAUUCAGCAUGGACUAGGACUGAAUCAGGGUACACUUCAUUUGAAGACGCGAGUUGAGGGGAGACUACCUCAGUAUGAUCUAAGUGACCCAAACAGCAUAAAACACAACGAUCCAACAAUCACUCUUUUGAAAGUUAAUUCUACGAGUUACUUUGGCAGAGCAAAGAGAUCAUUGACUAUUAGAGAAAAAUCGUUUUUUUAUACUCAGGAGACAACUCUGACUAUUGAGAGUCGGUCGAUCAAACGUUCGGGCAAUCUUUUUGUUCUGCAUUCAAGUCUGCGAAGGACUGUUGUCAAAGGGAAAGUGCACAUCUUGGUUGAAGCAGAAAUCGAGAGAGCAAGCAAAAGUCAUGUGUCAACAGCAUGUUGUGAGUAUGGCACCACAAGAGCACACAAGGGUGACAGUUGUAAUAUACAUUUUGAUGCAUGCUCGUUGUCGGACGAACUACAGGCUUGUUGCGAGUGUUGCAGUCAAGGACGCCAGGUGGCACGAAACAGUAGUCGGUGCAUCAACAAGGAGAAAGGUCAAGGUCGUAUGUGUAGAAGGAAAUUCAAGGAGUGCUGUUCUAAUGAACAAACCAAAGAUGCAGCAAUUUCUACAACAAAGCCACCACCGACAAUACCCACAAUUGAUUCAGGUUCUAAUUAUGGCUGGAUAUGUUGUGUUACUGGAUCUAUGAAGGGUCGCCGAGGAGUGGACUGCCAAUCGCUUGUGUCUUCAACCUGUGGAUCUGUCGCUAAGCAAUGCUGUCUUUGUUGUCAGGAGGGAAUAAAGAAUGCUGAUCAUGCUGGCUUGUGCAAGACAGAAGUUGGGUCAGACGAAUGCAAGAUAAGAAGACAUAGUUGCUGCUUGGAGAGGAUUAUGGAGAGGCUGAAUGAAAGUACUACGACACAACCACCACUGUCGACUCAAGCUAGUACUAUGAAAACACCAAGUCUAGACGUAUUUAAGACUUUCCAGAGCUGGUUUAGACAUGUUGGUAGUGGCAGAGUAUCUGGCUUUGUAUCAGGACACAGAUUGUCUCCCAUGAUUGUUUUUCAAGUUGGCUUAAAUCGGAGCAACAAUGGAGAAAGUCAGUUUUUGAUGACUUACUCCAAUCUUCCAGAGGGUCUUUCAAAUCAACGUUUAGUACUGAUUAUGUCUAUCACAUCGUGGCCAUUGGUGUGGCUGCUAGCUGUGGAAUCAAACAAUAUUAAUCAUUAUAAUGUUUUUCUUGAAACAGUUGAGACUUUGGAGAUGGAAGGAAAGGUAAUUUUUGAAAACAAGAAGUCGAGAGACAAUUUGGAUGUCAACUACAAGAUAAAAAUUAGGAAUAACAUACCGGUAGAAGUUGAAUUGACAGUGAAGGGUGAUAUCCCAUCCACUAAUGAUGGCAGCAUUGAAUUACGUAGAUACGAAACAUUUCACAUACAAAAGUGGUUCAAUGGAGACAGCAGAUACACAAGCAACCUCUUAAGCCCUGAUUAUCAAAUGUCCAUGACAAGAAAGACAAAGAUUGGUGGUAGAUCCGUGUCAAUAGGGUUCUUGCUGGAGGUGUUUGUGAAUGCUGUCAAGAAAAUGCAUCGUCUUCCAGUUACACAGAAUGUCUUUGUUGACGACGAAAGAGUUCAAGUGGAUGGGAGGGGAAUGGGACUUCUUUCUGUUCUGUCUUCUGUUUCAACUACAGAUUCGCACUUGUACUAUAAUUAUUCACCACAGUACAGCAGGAUGUUCGACAGUCAAAGUUCGACUGUUUCAACUUUUACAUCAUCCAAGUCAUUAGUUAGCAAUAAUAGGAAUGGGAUACUAACAACAGCAUUUCCACAGUCUUUGUCAGUGACUCCAAGGAUGGAACCAACGACUCAAGCUUCUAGCUUUGUAUCAACAAAGCAAUCAAUGGCUACACCAUCGUCUGUAACAGGCUGUUAUGAUAUUCAUGCACAAGGAACAUUUACGGGCAUAAUUAAUGGUAUCGAGAUUGAUGAGGCAGAGAUUGUGGCGGAUCUUAAUACCAAUGGCAGUGUACAUGUAAUAAUUACACAGCAUAGUGGUACUGCUGACUUAACUGUAUUGCAACCACUUCCUAUUGGUCUACCUCUGUUCUUGGCAUGCGUGACUAAUAAGACACGGCUAUCACUGAGCUUACUAGAAGCAGAGAUUGUAGUCAAUGACACUUAUAUUGUCCAGCUGUCAUUUGCCGUAUCUGAUGCUGAUAGAAAUAGUCACGUGGAUAUGAACAUUCAUGUGACUGCUUACGGUAUUCUGCCUAUUUCUGGCAACUUACAGAUAAAGGUGAAACCAUAUCAGUUACAAGUGAUACAAGUGUCUUCGACAAUUACUUUUCUUGGAGCACGAGGUGAAAUUUCUAUUGGGAAUGAAAUGGCUACUUUAACAAUACAGAGCAAGGCUGUUUGGGAGAGUAGCGAGACUGGAUUGGUGGAUAGACAACUUAUGAUAUCUACUAAUUUGCACAUCAGCAAAGCAACAACGUCCGUCAAACUUUCUGUCAAAGCAAUGCUCAAGUUUGUGUUAGCUUCAGACUUUACUGAUGUUUGUUGUUUAUUUGGUAAAACUUUGGCAUCUGACAGUGGAGAAUGUAAAAAGCUAGCAUUUCCAAAUAUUUGUCAUGCAACAAGAGGAAGAAAAUGUUGUAGUUGCUGUUUGAAUGGACUUCGCCUUCCAUCAAACAUCACAAGAUCAUCAUCAUGGUGUCAGUUGCGAGACAAGAAAGGAAACAGAAAGUGCAAAACUGCUGCAACUGAAUGCUGCUUAAGAGAAGCUCACAUAUCUGUUGCAGAACCAAUUCCUAUGCAUCGAAUUCGUGGUAGAGUAAAGGGAUUUAUCAACUCGGAGCCUGUGAAAGAUGGCACUAUUAAUGGUCAUUUUAAUAAAGCUGGGGAGUUUGUGGUGGAUAUUUAUCUGGGCAGCAUUGUACAUGUGCUUGGUCAGUCCACUUCAUUGUUGCUACCAAUCAUCAAUGCCAUUGGCUGGAUGAUAGCUUAUCCUAUGAGGAAUGGUGCAAAUUUUUGCUGUUCGUUUUCUGUUGGAAGUAACGUAACAUUUGAGUCUGAGAAAUAUCAUUUCUAUUAUGCUCAGAGUGGGAAUGUCACACGUGGAGGAUCUGUUGUUGUUGACACAAUGAUUCUCGACAGCAGAGUUCCUGUGUUUGUGUUACAAGGAAAUGAGCAUCUUUCACUAUCUGAUUUGUCAAGCAAUUUAGUACGAGUUGAUCAAAGUGGUUUUCAUUUGGCAGCAGACAACUGUCAAGUUACUGUAAACAAUCAUGUAGAUAUGACAUUUCAUCAAGCUCUCACAGCAACUCUUGAUGGCUUGCCGAGCAACGACAGCCUUCCUUGGUUGCAACACAUGGAUGUUCGAUUCACUACGAUAUCAGUCAAUCAAAGCUCCAUGACUUUGACAGUAUCAGGAAAUGUUAUUGUGGAGCCAAUUUCUGAGCCUGAUUCUGACAGCUCUUGCUGUAAGGUGGGCAGAACAAUGGCUAUGUCAUGGUUCCAAUGUCCUAAUACAUCUGCAUGCGGCAGUGCUCUGACCAAGUGCUGUGAAUGCUGCCGCAGCGGACUGAUAGCGAAGAAUAAUCAAGCCUCAUGCACGUCAGUGUUAAAACCUCGAGCAUGCGGAAACUCAUUCAAGACAUGCUGCAACGGCUUUCAACCAGAUAUAUUAGUGACAGUUCCUCCCAUAUCAAUUUACAAUUUUUCUUCUGUGUCUGAUCCAAGUGAAGAUUCAAUAAAAUCUCACAUGAAAUCAUCACCAUCUCCAGCAUCACGAAUUCCUUCUGGUCCCUGUUCUACUACCGUUUGUGCACCGGGUCAGCAUUGUAUGAUAGACAGUCAGGGAAAUGCCAUGUGUGGCUGUUACAAUCAGUGCAGAUAUGUUAAAUCGUUGGAAUUUGUUUGUGGUACUGACAAUCGAACUUACGGCAGCCAAUGUCUUAUCAAGGUUAUCGCAUGCCUUCUUGGCAGAAACAUCGAGUAUGCAUAUACAGGAGCUUGCAAUAUUGACAACAGAGCCAUUUGCAAUUGCAACGGUUACUCAGAGACUUGCGAUUCUAUAACUGGAAUUUGUAGCAAAUGCCGAUUUAACACGGCAGGUGAUCAUUGUGAACGAUGUACAAAUGGUUAUUUUGGAUUUCCUUCUAACGGCCAGCCAGAUUCUUGCCAAGAAUGUAUGUGCCCUGGACGCCAAGGCUUAAACAAUUUCAGUCCGACAUGCCACCUGGAUCGAUUUGACCGCCGACCUGUAUGUGAUGCAUGUGACAUGGGUCACAUUGGUCGACGAUGCCAGCUUUGUUCUGAUGGCUAUUACGGAAUGCCAAAAAAGAUGUCAGGAAAGUGCUACCCCUGCAGAUGCAAUGGGCACAUAGACAGGAAUGCCUUCGGUAACUGCGACCGAAAAACAGGCAGAUGCCUCAAGUGUCUCCAUAAUACAGCGGGGCAAGACUGUGAAAGAUGCAAAGAUGGAUACUAUGGAGAGGCAGUAGUACUGAAGUCAUGUCAUCGUUGCACUUGCAACAAAUUUGGUUCAGUCACGCCUAUCUGUCAUCACCGUUAUGGGCACUGUACAUGCAGAGAGGGGGUAGAAGGUGCAUUCUGCAGUAUGUGCUCAUCAGGCUAUUGGGGACUUGGGAAUAAAGGUUUCAAAGGUUGCACUGAAUGUAAUUGCUGUUCAGAAGGUUCACUGUCAAGCAUCUGCAAUAGAGAUUCUGGACACUGCAAGUGUAAGGUUGGAUUUAGUGGUCAAACGUGCUGCGAGAGAAACAGUUUGCCAUGAAGAGACUUGCAUAGAGCAAGCAAGGUAUUUGUAGGCUUCAGCUGGGGUUAGAAAUCCUGCUGGUUGGGACUAUAUGUAUAUUUUUCUGACACAAGUGGAAGCAGAGGUACUUAUGUGUACGUUACACACUACCACAGCAGUAUAUGAGCAUACAUAUAUAUGUGAUCAGCUCUCAUAGAUAGUUUAGGAGCAAACUGAAUGAACUACCAAUUAAGUUUGAACAUAUUUGAUAGGAAAUUUUGAGUGGAUGAGCAUGCAUGCAAGAAAUAAUUAAAUUGAACCAAGGGGCAACUAUCCAGACCCUUCACUGUCUGAGUGUAUAUAAUGUUUUGUAAAGUGCAAUCUAGAUAAUUCAAACAUGUGAUGCUUAGAUGACAGACAGAACGAGUCAAAAACAAACAGACAGGGUGGGCAAACAAGCAGGUAGAUAUAGGAAAGGUGGAGGAAGUCUGGAUGCUCAUGCCUAGCCCAGUCAGUGAUAAGAAUCAAUUAUUUCGCUAUGAAGCAAUUGAACUUCUGCAGCAAGCAGCAACCAACAGACAAUGAUCAGUGACUUCAGUCAAGUGUUACUAAAAGUAUACCAGGAAGACACAACUUUCUGUUGUCUCCUUCAUCACUAAAACAUGACUUCACAAGUGUAUGUCUUCAAAAAUGUAUUUACCGUCCUCAGGUAGAGUACAAUAGGAACAAGGAAAGAGAUCCUAAGUCAAUUUUGGCAAAGCAGGGCAGUGCAUCAAAUGGU